AUGCCGAGCACCUCUGGUGCUGCUGAGCCGCUAACAAAAGAUUUCGAUAUUUCACAGUACGGCGAGGACUUGACGGAGAAAGCAGCAAAGGGAAAGCUACAGCCUGUAGUAGGCAGAGAAGAAGAAAUAGAUAGGAUCGCACAGUAUUGUUGUCGCUUUCUUGGUGAUGUUGCGCUGAUCAUGAUGCUCAUGCCACCUGAGGAGUUGAAAAAGCUGCAGGACGAAUUGGCGGAGCUCGAGGCGCUGACUGCGGACGGCCGUCGCCUUGUGCUGGAGCUGCAAGAUAUAGCUCACAUAAUACAUCUGUGGACGGGCAUCCCCCUCGGCAAGAUGACAGAAGAUGAAGUUUCUCGAGUGCUGCGGCUAGCUGAUAUUCUUUCGCUGAGAGUAAUAGGACAAAACCAAGCAGUGAAAGCAGUAGCAGAUGCCCUGGCGAUACAGCGCGCUGGGCUCAACCCAAAGAACAAGCCCCUCGGUACCUUCAUGUUUCUCGGUUCUUCAGGUGUAGGAAAGACGGAGUUAGCUAAAGCCGUGGCAGAGGAGAUGUUUGACUCUGAGAAAAAUUUAAUUCGUUUGGAUAUGGUGGAGUACCAAGAGGCCCACAGUAUAUCUCGGCUUAUAGGGCCCCCACCAGGCUACAUGGGCAACGAUGAGGGGGGCCAGCUCACCGAGGCCGUCAGGCAAAAACCUCACAGCGUUGUGCUUUUUGAUGAAGUCGAAAACGCACAUAAAAAUCUAUGGUCGCUGCUGCUGCCGAUGUUAGAUGAGGGUCAUUUAUCGGAUUCAAAGGGAAACCGCGUAGAUUUUACGAAUUGUUUAAUAAUAUUAACAUCAAAUAUUGGGCAGCAGUUUAUAUUGGAGGGUUAUAAAGAGGCUCGUGCUCUGCAAGGCGCAGAAAAAGGAGGAUCAGGUGACCCAGCAACAGCCACAAGCGGAAACUCAGCAACAGGUGGAGGAUCUGCAGCAACAGGAGAAGAUAAUAACAGCAACAAAACUGGAAAUACAAAUACAAAUACAGGGGGAUUCAAAGGAACAGGCAAAUCACCAAAAGAUGUACUCAGAAGGAUGAGACAGAAAGUGCUGAAGGAGAUAUUUGAGCCUCUGAAUGAAGAAGCUCUGAAGGGUGUACUGGGACUGAAACUUUCUUCUUUGACGAAAAGUUUAGCGGCUCGUGGCGUUGAUUUCAAAGUUGCAGAUUCAGCGAUGACAUAUAUCCUCGAGCGAGCAUCUUCAUAUAAAUACGGAGGAAGAAGGAUGGGAAAAUACCUGGAGAAGUACAUAAAGCCGCGCGUUGCUCCUCUCCUCAUUUCAGGAAAGCUCAAAUCUGGCGAUCGCGCAGUGCUGGCUCGAUCCAACACAAACCCCAACCAACUCAACCUUAUCGUCAGUCCUACUAAACAGCAACAGCAGCAGCAGUUGCUGCUGUUGCUGCAACAGCAACAGCAGCAGCAGUUGCUGUUGCUGCUGCAACAGCAGCAGCAGCAGCAGUAG